AUGACAUUGCAAAAUAUCACCGUCGAGGAGCUGCCGAGCAUCCUGGCCGAUGACAUCAAGGUCAAGGUCGCUGGCGUGGACUGCGACGGCAUCCUGCGCGGCAAGGUGAUGUCCAAGGAGAAGUUCCUGGGCAUUGCGCAGAAGGGGUUUGGGUUCAGUUCCGCGGUCUUUGGCUGGGACAUGCAGGACAUGCUGUAUACGACCGACGCGAAUAUUGCACCCCCGGAGUCCGGAUAUGUGGAUUUUCUCGCAGUACCGGACCUGAGCACCUUCCGACGCAUACCGUGGGAGGAGGAUAUUCCAUUCUUCUUGGUGUGGUUCGUGCAAAAUGAGAAGCCCGUGUCGGCGGACGGUCGGAGUAUGUUGAAGAGCAUCUGCGACAAGCUGGCGGCAUCGAACUGUCAGGGUAUGGCUGGUGUCGAGCUGGAGUUUAUGAAUUUCCAGACUCCUUCACAGGACGGAUACAGUGCGCAUGGCCUGACGCAUGAUAUCGCUGCUUUUCUCGAGAAAAACGCCCCUGGUGCGCUUCGUCCCUUGACCGCGGGGAGCUUUUCGUACAGCUCAACACGACCGGUCGCGCACAAGAAGUAUUUCUAUGACAUCUUCAACACGAGCGCUCAGUUCAACUGUGGAAUUGAGGGGUGGCACACCGAGGGCGGACCGGGUGUAUAUGAAGCGGCCCUCAAAGUAUGCGAUGUCGCGGAGAUGGCCGACAAAGUCUCCCUAUUCAAGCUCCUGGCGAAAUCGGUAGGAGUGGACUACGGGGUCACGCCCUGUUUCAUGGCAAAGCCCAUUCAAGGCCAACCCGGCAGCUCCGGACACAUCCACAUCUCGCUCUGCGACCUCAACGGAAAGAACCUCUUCGCCCGGGAAACGCAAGACCCCAACGCCCCGUGGCCCGAUGCAGCCGGACUGUCGGACCUGGGUCGUCAAUUCCUCGCGGGUAUCCUCGAGGCCCUACCGGACAUUAUGCCGCUAUUUGCGCCUACGAUCAAUUCCUAUAAACGCCUGGUAGAGAACUUCUGGGCUCCCGUGAAUAUCACCUGGGGUCUCGAAGACCGAAUGGCGUCCGUCCGGAUUAUCACGCCGCCAGUGUGCAAGUCCGGCGCCACGCGGUUCGAGGUGCGCAUUCCCGGCGCGGACCUGCACCCUCACUAUGCACUGAGCGUCAUUCUGGCCGCAGGCUGGCGGGGCGUGCAAAAGAAGCUGGAGCUCACAGUCCCGCCCGUGUCGGCGCUGAAGCCGGAUGAUCCCCGGCCGGAAUUGUUGCCGAACACGUUAGAGGCGGCGAUCCAGCGGUUCAGCGCGGCAAACAGCGUGGCGCGCGAGAUUCUGGAAGACGAAUUUGUCGACUUCUUUACCGCCACGCGCGAGCAUGAAUUGCGACUGUGGAGAGAAGCCGUGACGGAUUGGGAAUUCAAACGGUACAUCGAGACUGUGUAG